AUGUCAAAUAAUGAUCAAAACAUCACGUCCUCUCUUAACUCAUUUCCUGCUAGUGGUUCUUUCUCACAUUUUUAUAGUCAUACUACUGUUACUAAUGAUAAUACUUAUGAGACUACCAAGGCUACUGAGGCUACUGAGAUUUUCCAAAAUACUCAACCCUCAUGUUUUCAUGAUGAACAGAUAAU